AUGGCCCUUGCACGCAGAAGACAUCUCGCUUCGCUAUUGGCUGUCCUGGCUCUCUCUAUCGACCCGGCUAUUGGUGAAGCAAACUGUGAAGCAUCUACUUUCCAAGAUGUGAAGCUGUCAAAUGGCAAGAUUCUCAACAUUGUUACACAAUUCCAUGCCGGUCUUUCGUUCGAAGCUCCUGCAGAAGCGAAUCAUUACUCGGUCAAUGUGACGGAUCUGGACGCCUGCGAAGUAACUAUCACCUACACCCACCCUGGCUACAACGAUACCAUCAACACUUCAGUAUGGCUGCCCACCCCCGAGAAGUGGACCGGACGAUUUCUUGGUGCCGGAGGCAGUGGGUGGUCUACAGGGCCAGACACUAAUACUACGCUCCCUUGGGCAGCCAGUGAGGGCUUUGCUGUUGUCGCAACCGACGGCGGACAUACUGGUGGAGAUACCGAGUGGUCGCUAGUGAGUCCUGGAAACAUCAACUGGAUCCUGUUACAAGAUUUCUCUUCAAUCACAUUGAAUGAUGCUGCGACGCUUGGGAAAACUGUCACGGAAAAGUACUAUGGCAAAGCACCAAGCUACAGUUACUGGAAUGGGUGCUCUACUGGUGGAAGACAAGGACACAUGAUGGCGCAGAGAUAUCCGGAUCAAUACGAUGGUAUUCUCGCGGCUGCACCAGCAAUCCAUUGGAGUCAGUUGAUGCUGCAGCUCUUUUGGCCACAGGCGGUCAUGAACGAGAAUGGCUUCCCUACCCCAUGUGAGCUGGAGGCCAUUAAUGCAGCUGCCAUCCAAUCAUGCGACAAUCUCGACGGCCUCGAAGAUGGAAUCAUCUCUCUUCCCAAAGAGUGCUCUUUUGACCCAGCAACUGUCAUAGGAAAGGAAUAUAUUUGCCCAUCGUCAAACAAGAGCACAGUAAUCACAGAAACCGUAGCUACAGUAGCUCGUCUUAUCUGGCAGGGUGCAACCACAUCCGAAGGCGAAUUUCUGUGGUACCCGGACAACAUCGGUGCUCCCUUUAGCGGCCUUGCUAACACGACAUGUGAAAACGACACAUGUACUGGCGUCCCAUUCUUCUUACCCGAAAUCUGGAUAAGAGAUUUCCUUACUCUUGAUCGGGAAUUCGAUACCGCACAGAUUAAUAGGACCUAUUUCGAGGAGCUCCUCCAUCAAUCCGUCAACCUAUACGAUUCGAUAAUCGGAACCUCGGAUACGAAUCUCGACGGCUUCCGCAAAGCAGGUGGAAAACUGAUUAAUUGGCAGGGGCUUGCUGACCAAUAUGUUUCACCUGAUGCUACGACACAUUACGUCAAGGAGGUUCAUGAGCGCGACCCAAAAGCGAGUGACUAUUAUCGGUUCUUCGAGGCGCCGGGUAUAAAUCACUGUGGUGGUGGACUCGGAUGGUAUCCUGGUAAUGGGUUGAAAGCGCUCAUCGGAUGGGUGGAGAAUGGCGUGGCCCCGGAAACACUUGCAGCAGAGACAUCAGAGGGACGAAAAGCAAAUCUCUGCUUGUGGCCGAAACAUCUGGUAUAUGUUGAUGGUAAUCCAGACGAGCCGACUUCAUUCGAAUGCCGGUAG